AUGUCGUUCAACGCGACCGUCGGGGCUUCUGCUCCUCUGUACGAGACACUAUAUGGCAGCACAGAUAUGGCAUCCUUAAGCUGGGCAGAAAAGCAAUGGGUUGCAUGGUACAUUUGGGUAGGGAACCCAGUUAUCGCUACAGGGCUCAUGAGCUUCUUACUUCACGAGGUCGUGUAUUUCGGUCGAUGCAUACCAUGGAUUAUCGUAGACUCUAUUCCAUACUUUCGCAAGUGGAAACUCCAGCCCGCAAAGAUACCCACCCCCGGGGAACAAUGGGAAUGCACGAAGCAGGUCUUACUCUCGCACUUCACCAUUGAGCUUCCAACUAUCUGGCUCUUUCACCCACUCGCCGAGUCCCUUGGAAUGUCUACUCAUCACGUCCCCUUCCCAUCGUGGAAAGUAAUGGCCCCUCAAGUAUUCUUCUUUUUCUUCUUCGAAGAUUUCUUCCAUUUCCUGGCCCACCAAGCUCUCCACACCGGUCUCCUGUACAAGCACAUCCACAAGAUCCACCACAAGUACUCUGCUCCGUUUGGCCUUGCUGCAGAGUACGCCCAUCCCGCUGAAGUUGCUAUCCUUGGAACUGGCACGAUCGCGGGACCUCUUCUUUACUGCUACUUUACUCAAAACCUCCACAUCUUGACCGUCUACAUCUGGAUCACGUUGAGACUUUUCCAGGCCAUUGAUGCCCACAGCGGUUACGACUUCCCUUGGUCCCUUCAGCACAUUCUACCUUUCUGGUCUGGCGCUGACCACCACGACUUCCACCAUAUGGCGUUCACCAACAACUUUUCUACCUCUUUCCGCUGGUGGGACAGGAUCUUCGGGACUGACGAGAAGUACCGUCAAUAUCGCGAACGCGUCAAGGCUAUGAAGAAGAAGAAUGUGGACAAGGAGGAGUUCGCGAAGUUAGAGCAGAAGCUUUUGGAGCAGGUUGAACGAGAGGGCAUCGUCGCCGAGCGUGAGGCUGAGACUGGUGUCAAGGCGAAGUCACAGUAA